AUGUCUUUUCUUCACACUCAUUCCAGCGAGUGCUUAAAGAGUGAACUUGAUCUCUUCUCAUUACCUCCCACUCAAACCAGCAUAGAGAGUUCGCAAUGUAUUUAUUACAAGCCUGUGACAUCACUCGCCAACGAUGCACCUAUAAAAUUUGUCAUACCCGGUCACGGGGAAGAUUACUUAGAUCUCACGCAUACCAUGUUAAGUAUUCGGCUACGCGUAGAAACCACUCCUCUCGCCGGUGGGGAGAAAGAUACGACACCCAGUGACUUCAUACUCAAAGUAGGCCCUGUAAAUCAUUUGUUACAUUCCAUGUUCAAUCAAAUUGACGUAUAUUUUAAUCAGAAACUCCUGUCACCUCCAAACAACGCUUACGCGUAUUGUGCAUACAUCGAGGCACUAUUAAACUAUGCUUCUCCCGCAAAAUCCUCUCAUCUGACAACGUGUCUAUGGGACAUGGAUACGCCCGGUCUCAUGGACACUCACGUAGAUUCCGCGACAACAAAUAACGCUCUCGUGAGACGAGCGCGUUAUAUUCAGGCAGAACAGGAGUUAAAUCUCUUAGGUCAUCUUCACUGCGAUGUUUUUAAUCGGGAUAAAUUUUUAAUUAACGGAGUAGAAGUUAGAAUGAGGCUCGUACGCUCGAAAGAUUCUUUCUGUCUAAUGGAAUCUAGUUCCACGUCAAAAAUUCGUAUUUUAGACGCUAGUUUACUCGUAAGAAGAGCAAAAGUAAGCCCCGGUGUAUUACUCGCUCACGCUAAAAUGUUGAGUAAGACAACUGCCAAGUAUCCUCUAACGAGAGUAGAGGUUAAAACGUUCACGAUACACUCCGAGUUCGUAGGAGAAUCGAUAGAUAACGUGAUCCUCGGUCAACUACCGAAACGCGUAAUUGUCGGUUUGUAG